GUAUGAGUUCCAGACUCCUGGACAGAGUGGGGUCAAUUUCCCCCUUAGUCACUGCCCUGUCCCCUCUCUAAUGGCUUCCUGUCUAACUGGCUGGGGGUGAUUCUGGAGUGACUCGGGGACACCCUACACACCCCCGGAUUCUCAGGAAAUGGCAAAGGGUGGUAUGUUAUAUACCCCUGGCCACACGCACCAGUGAGAAGGGGGAAGUGUUGUAGCAGACCUGGUGGGGGGAUGGGGGUGGGGGGGACUUGAUUUCCCCCAAUGCGGCCACAGAGAGAGGGAUGCUGGGGUGUGUGAAGGGCCUGGGGCUAUGAGGAUGGAACUGCCUGGCGUCUACUCCUGCCUCUACCCCAUCCCCAGCUGAGCCCUGCAGUCUGGCCUCAGGCCAGUAGCAGGCUCAGCAGGUCCCAAGGGGUGUGGUGGCAACCAGUGGUGGAGCCAGCCUACAUCAGCCAGACAGCGAGGAGCACAGUCCAUCGAGAACGGCUGAGCUCGCGGCAGCCAGAGUCUGGAGAGGUGGCGUGGCCAUGAGCCCUCUGCUGUACUGUGCUCUGCCCGCCCUGGGCGGCUACGUCAUGCUCUCCAUCUUCUUCCUGCGCCGGCCUCGCCUGCUGCACACGCCAUGGGUUUCAGCCUUCUGUCCCCGCCUGGGGGCCCACCGGGGAGGAUCUGGAGAGCGCCUGGAGAACACCAUGGAGGCCAUGGAGAAUGCCAUGUCCCAGAGAGCAGACCUCCUGGAGCUCGACUGCCAGCUGACUCGGGAUGGCGUGGUGGUGGUGUCACACGACAAGAACUUGUCCCGCCAGUCGGGCGUGAAUAGGGAUGUGGGCAGCCUGGACUUUGAGGAGCUGCCCCUUUACAAGGAAGAGCUGGAGGUUUACUUCUCACCCGGCCACUUUGCACACGGGUCAGACAGGCACAUGGUGCGUCUAGAGGAUGUGUUCCAGAGGUUCCCGCGGAUGCCCGUGAGCGUGGAAGUCAAAGAGCAAAAUGAAGAGCUCAUUCACAAGAUAGCAGGCCUGGUGAGGCACUAUGGGCGCGAUGACAUCACCAUCUGGGCCUCGGAGAAGAGCUCAGUCAUGGAGAAGUGCAGGGCUGCUAACCCCGAGAUGCCUACCUCCUUCACAAUAAGCCGAGGAUACCGGGUGCUGCUGCUCUAUUACCUGGGGCUGCUGCCCUUCAUCUCCAUCCCUGAGAGGUUCCUCAUCUCUUUCCUGCCCACCAUCAUCAACAGGACCUACUUCCCAUUUUCCUACUCCGGGCUCAAUCAGCUGGCAGCUGUGAUUUCCAAAUGGCUCAUCAUGAGGAAAAGUCUGAUCCAACACCUGCAGCAGCGAGGCGUGCAGGUGGUAUUUUGGUGCCUUAAUGAAGAGUCAGAUUUUGAAGCGGCCUUCCGCCUGGGGGCCAGUGGGGUCAUAACUGAUUACCCGACAGCACUGAGGCGCUACCUCAACAACUGUAGACCACCUACCCUGGCCUCCUAACCCGGAAGUCCUCACCCUCUCUUCUGUUUCUCUUCCCCAAUAAAUA